AUGGCAAUUUCUAAUAUGAAUAACGGAAAUUCUCAUGACAUUAAGAGUGAAGAUGAUGAUGUCCCUCUUGCCUCCCGGUUUAGCUUAAAGCGUCCCUAUUCAUCAAGUGAUGAUGACGACGACGUUCCUUUAGCUGCAAAGCUUCAGGGUUCGCGAAAAAUUAAGCUUGAGGAUUCUUCACCCUACCAACCAGAAAAGCGACCCAAAUUAGAACGAUCGUUCAGUGAAAUUAAGAUCAAGCCUGAAAAGAGCCCAGCAAAGAACAAUCUCAAGACCAAAUCUUCAAGCUCAACACCAAAAAAGAAACCGAAAGAAGAGGAGAGUGAAACGGUAUGGAAGUGGUGGGAGGAAAAGAACACGGAUGGCAAAUACAAAUGGCGUUUCCUUGAGCAUAAUGGUCCAAUGUUUGCUCCUCCCUAUGAACCUUUGCCUGAAGAUGUUGCAUUCCUCUAUGAUGGGCAAAGAAUGAAACUGUCUGAACCUGCCGAGGAAGUUGCAGGUUUCUACGCUAGAAUGCUUGAUCACGAUUACACAAAAAUGGAAAUUUUCAAUAACAAUUUCUUUAAGGAUUGGCAAAAAGUAAUGACAGCCGAGGAAAAGCAAACUAUUCGAAAGUUGUCCAAAUGUGAUUUUACGUACAUGGCUGAAUACUUUAAACGAAAAGCCGAAGAGAAAAAGGCUAUGUCCAAAGAGGAGAAACAGAAGAUUAAGGAAGAAAAUCAGCGAAUUGUUGAAAAGUAUGGAUUCUGCACUCUCGAUGGACAUAAACAGCGCAUUGCCAAUUUCCGCAUUGAACCUCCUGGACUAUUUCGUGGUCGAGGUAACCACCCCAAAACAGGCAGCUUGAAGAAGAGAAUUAUGCCUGAAGAUAUCAUCAUUAAUUGCUCUAAAGAUGCUCAAGUCCCCGCCCCACCUCCGGGUCAUAAGUGGAAAGAAGUUCGUCAUGACAACACGGUCACUUGGUUGGCCUGCUGGGUGGAGAAUGUUCAGAAUAACUUCAAGUAUGUCAUGUUGAAUGCCUCCUCUCGACUUAAAGGUGAGAAGGAUUGGAAGAAGUAUGAAGUGGCACGAAAGCUGCACAGUUGUGUCGACAAAAUCCGAGCCGAUUAUCGGAGAGAUUUCAAGUCGAAAGAGAUGCGUAUUCGCCAGCGUGCCGUGGCCCUCUAUUUCAUCGACAAGUUGGCACUUCGUGCCGGUAACGAGAAAGAUGAAGACGAGGCAGAUACUGUUGGUUGCUGUUCUCUCCGUUGUGAACACAUCAAACUUCACGACCAAUUUGGCGACCAACAAUACGUUGUUGAAUUCGAUUUCCUCGGUAAAGAUUCAAUCCGCUACCAAAACUCUGUUGCUGUUCCCAAGCGUGUUUUCAAGAAUCUGAAAAUUUUCAUGAAGAAUAAACAGGGCAGCGAUGAUCUAUUCGAUAGACUCAACACAACAACUCUUAAUCAGUACUUGCGUGAACUAAUGGAUGGCCUAACGGCAAAGGUCUUUCGUACAUACAACGCUAGUCGAACCCUUGAAGAACAGUUAAUGGAACUCACUGAUCCAAAGGAAGGUCCAGCUCAGAAACUCCUCUCUUACAAUCGUGCAAAUCGAGCCGUUGCCAUUCUCUGUAACCAUCAACGUGCUGUACCCAAGUCAUUCUCAACCUCUAUGGAGAAUCUUCAAAAGAAGAUUGAUGCCAAAAAAGAGCAAAUCAAUGCAGUAAUGACAGAAGCCAGACAAAUCAAGGCCGAUUACUCGAAGUCCAAGAGCACAGCUAAGAAGGUUCAGUAUGAGAAGCUAAAGAAACGUCUGGGCACACUGAAAGAUCAGCUGACAAGACUUCAAGUUCAAGCAACAGACAGAGAUGAGAAUAAGACGAUUGCUUUGAGUACUAGUAAGCUGAACUAUCUGGAUCCUCGAAUCACAGUUGCUUGGUGCAAAAAGUACGACAUUCCUAUCGAGAAGGUGUACAACAAGACUCAGCGAGAAAAGUUUAUGUGGGCAAUUCAAAUGGCAGCUGAGACAUUCAUGUUCACAGACCUCAAUUCGGACAAGGCGACGAAUAAGCUGAAGGAAGAAGAUCGUGAAGAUGACAGUGGGGAGAACGGUGAGGAUGACGAGGAGGAUGAUUUCUAA